AUGGUAUUAAUCAACGGAGUUAAGUACGCCUGCGAGCGCUGCAUUCGCGGCCACCGUGUCACCACUUGUAAUCAUACAGAUCAACCCUUGAUGAUGAUCAAGCCCAAGGGUCGUCCCUCUACAACAUGUGCGCAUUGCAAAGAACUUAGAAAGAACAAAAAUGCUAAUCCAGCAGGGGUCUGCACAUGUGGCCGGCAGGAGAAAAAAAGGCAGGCGCAGCGAGCAAAGGAAGAAGCGCGAGCGAAGGCGAAAGCCAGGGAAGAGGAGUGCCAUUGUGGCAACAGUGAAAAAUGUGUUUGUCACUCUCGUCGUCGUAGCUCGCGUCGUUCAACCACGAGUAAGUCCAAGGCUCCUUCCGUACUUUCGCUGCCGACAGGCGAAUCUACAGGUCUUACGGCAGCGUUUGAUCCUUCUGAUUCCGGUGUGAAAGUAUCGAAGCCUCACGUUCUCACAUCUUUGCCAUCAUUUCAUUCAUCGCAGUCUUUGGAUCAAGAUGUUUCUCUGGCGACAAGUCCUACCAUGUCUACCUCGUUUUCAAAUAACAACUGGGAUGCGAGCUCAAUUUCUAGCUCACUGCGCUCAGAUUCGAGACUAAAUCUGUUAGAAAGAAGUCACCAUAGCAUCGGUUUGGACCCACUCAACAAUAUAAAGCCUAUUACUACUUCCACUCGCACACGCGUGGGUGAAGUCAGUGUUCCUCUAGAAGAGUACGUCCCUUCAGAUAUAAAUGGCGUAGGAAACGUUAGCGAUCUGCAAGAUCAGUCAGGUUGGAGUAAUCAAGAUGAUACGAAGACGGGUCUUCUCGACUUGUUUGCUGAUACUUCUAAUUCAAAUACUAAUUACUCCCGUAUGAAAGGGCAGCAUUAUAAGCACUAUGAUCCAUCUUCCGCCUCAGAAAUACCAUUGUCUCCGGAUAUACCAUCCGCUGGCAAGUUAACUAGAACUCCAUCCACUUUCGCUGAAAGGUCGGUUUCAGCGAUAUCACGAGCCUCGUUCGAUGGUUCACUUCCAGAUCCGGCAAGACCAUCUUUGUCUUCUUUGAAAAGUUCAGAUUCACUUUCUACGUACUUGGGCGGGAGCCAGGACGGCCAUCACUACCAGGAUAUGUUACAUCACUCUCAUUCAGCUCGAAAUUUUACCCCAGGCAUCCACCAGGUCAAGCAGGAGCGGCCUUUUACAAUUUUAGGUGACGAUAACGAAAGUAUCAAGAGUGUUGAAGUUCUAUCGCUAACUCCAAGCUUUAUGGAUAUUCCAGAGAAUGGAAAAUUGUAUGCACCGACUUCAAACCCAUUUUUUCAUCACAAGGGCCCAGUAGUAAGACCUCGAUCAGUUAGUAUUGAUCGCAAUCAUCGCUAUGACCAACACGCAUCAUUUCAUAGAUCUCACUCAAGACAACAGUCGGAUCAAAACCAGCAUCAAAACGAACAAAAGCCAAAUCUAUCACAGCAUAAUUCAAGUACGUCUCAAUCGCAACAACAUCAAAAACAACACCAACCACCCGCGUUGGCUACAACUCAUGAUAAAUUUGCGCAACCAGGAUCAAGGCCUCAGUUAAAACUAAGCAGGACGAAUGAUUCGAAUUUUAGCGGUGGUAGCAUAAAUCCAAGCAUGUUGUCGAAUUUUGAUGGCACCUUUAGCCCCACUUUUAAAACCUCGCCUUUAAAUGGCGAGUCAAGCACGCUAAUGGAUCUUCCUCAAACGAUAUCUCCUCAAGACGAGCUGACAGAUAGGCUUAUAGAACCCACGUCUAGUUUCACUUCAGAGCUGGAUCAAAUCUUUGGUUCGAAUAACAAUGAUGCACAAUCGAUCCUUUCUGGUCCUACGAGCGUGUAUGAUGUGGUGAAUAACAUUAACAGUGACGAUUCUCCUGUGGCGAACACGAGGUCAAUAGCAACGCCAUCUCCAGGUCAACCAGUGGGCGACAUUAAUUUCACCGAUUUGGAUAAUUUGAUGACAGACUUAUAA